AUGAACACCGCCAAGAUGAUGACCGGAGACCGUUUCAUCCCCGACCGCAACGGUAUCAACUUUGACAUCUCCCAUUUCAACCUCACCUCUUCGUCUUCCUCCAAGGAGAACGUGCAGCAGCAGCAGGUCCAGAUUGCGAGCCCCGCCAAGGAGCGCUUCCAGUCGUCGCUCUCCGACGCCAUGUUCGGCGGCGACGCGAGCGCGGUCAAGUCGACCAAGGUGCUGGCCUUCAAGCACAAGGCGCCCGCCGCGAGCGCUUCCUUCCAGAACCAGAUGCGCACCCUCUACUCCGCCAACAAGGCUGCCAAGGGUACCGCCUCCUCCUCUGCUGGUUCUUCUUCGUCCACCCGCAGGCUGCCAUCGGUGGCGGACAAGGUGCUGGACGCGCCGGGCAUCAGGGACGACUACUACCUCAACCUGCUCGACUGGUCGGCGCAGAACACGCUCGCCGUGGCGCUCGACCGCAGCCUCUACCUGUGGAACGCCACCACGUCGGACAUCGACAUGCUCUUCGAGAUGCCCGACACCGACGCCGACGAUUACAUCACCUCGGUGUCGUGGAUGGCCGACGGCAACAUCCUCGCUGUUGUGGAGCGAGACGGCACGCAGCUGGCCUCGGGCGGCAACGACAACAUCCUCAACGUGUGGGACGAGGGCCGCACGGAGGCGCGCUUCAGGCUCGACCACCACACGUCGGCCGUCAAGGCCGUGGCCUGGUGCCCGUGGCAGGCGGGCCUGCUGGCCUCGGGCGGCGGCGCCGCCGACCGGUGCAUCAAGAUGUGGAACACGCGCAGCGGCGCGUGCGUCAACUCGGUGGACACCGGAUCGCAGGUGUGCGGACUCGUGUGGUCGCGCACGCACAAGGAGCUGGUGUCGUCGCACGGCUACUCGCAGAACCAGCUGGCCGUGUGGAAGUACCCGACCAUGGCCAAGGUGGGCGAGAUGCACGGACACACGUCGCGCGUGCUCUUCAUGUCGCUCAGCCCCGACGGCCAGACCAUCGUGUCGGGCGCCGGCGACGAGCGCCUCCGCUUCUGGAACGUGUGGCCCACCGCCACCACCAAGGCCGCUUCGUCGACCGCCGCCGCCGCUGCCAAGAGCGAGGAGAAGGCCGCGGCUUCGUCGAGGAUGUACCACAUCCGUUGA